AUGAAUACGCUGCUGUGCCACUCGUGUGCAAAUGAUAUUGCGGGAACGCACAUCUCCUGUCGUGGAUUUUGCAAUGCUACUUUUCAUCCCAAAUGCAGCGGGAUUGCCGAAAACUGCUUUGACGAUGUUUUAAAUAAUAAGCAGAUAUUUUGGCUAUGCAAAUCCUGCACUAAUCUGAUGUCCGAUAAGCGUCAUCGACAAGCUGUAAGAGCUGCCUAUGAGGUUGGACAGGAAGAGGUGUUAGGUGCACACAACCAAAUUGUCGAACAACUUAAGGGUGAAAUACUAACUGAGUUGAAGUUGGAGAUUCGUUCGAAUUUUACGGCCCUUAUAAAUUCUAAUUCAUUGACACCGAAGACUACUCAACGUCCAUUUGCCGAAGCCAGUCGUAACAAAGCUCGCCGUCUUUUCCCGAAUAAAGAUGGGGCUAAAUCUAAUGUCUCAUCUCUAUUACGUGGUACUGGUAUGCCUGUUUCACCAUCUCUUGGCACGAUAACAGUAGCUGAUCGUACACCGAAGUUUUGGCUUUACCUUUCACGUAUUGCACGCGAUGUUUCUGUUGACCAAAUUUCCAUUUUGGCGAAACAGCGUCUUAUCACCGAUGACGUGGAAGUCGUUAGACUUGUUGCAAAGGAUCGUGACGUAAGCACAAUGAAUUUCAUCUCGUUUAAAGUUGGAAUCAAACCUGAGCUCAAGGCGCGAGCCCUAUCUGCUUCAACAUGGCCCGAAGGAAUUCUUUUCCGCGAAUUCAAGAGCAAUCGCACCGUAUCAGCUGGAAAUUUUUGGAAACCCCUCUAUCCGCAGCCAGAUCAGUCGCCAGUUCAGGCCGAUACUCAUCAGCCUGCUUCACCAUCAUCAGUUCAAUCAACUAUGACGGAAUAA